AUGCUUGGAUCAAGUGUAUUGGUAGCCGCCUCUCCAGAAUAUUAUGGUCGUUCAAUUUCAGCAGAACGUGAAAGUGAAUCAGAACUUUUCUUGAACGAACGUGGUGAAUUGGAUGGAGAAUUAUACGAUAAACGCGGAAAGAUGUUUCAAAAUCCAAAGAUUAAUUUGGCAGGAAGAGGUGAAACAAAGAUGCUAGAAAAACGUCAACAACCCGGAUUCAAUUAUGGUUCUUCAAAAGUUCGCGGAGUCAAUAUUGGAGGUUGGUUAGUUGCAGAACCUUGGAUCACUCCUUCCCUAUUCGAUGAUACUGGCGAUAGUAGAGUGAUUGACGAAUGGACCUUCGGUGAAUACGUUAGCGAUGCAGCUAGCAGACUAGAGCAUCAUUGGGCAACCUUUUAUACCGAAAGUGAUUUCGCACAAAUCGCAGCUGCAGGUUUGAACCACGUUCGUAUCCCAAUUGGUUAUUGGGCCUUGGACAAAGGUUCUUCACCCUUCAUUCAAGGUAACCAGUACAACUAUUUGAAGCAAGCCGUCGGAUGGGCUCGUAAUCAUGGUCUGAAAGUGCUCGUCGAUCUUCAUGGUGUACCAGGAAGUCAGAACGGAUUCGACAACAGCGGUCGCAAAAUCUCUCCUCCACGUUGGUUCAAUCAAGAAUCCUACAAAAAUCGUGCCAAAGCUGUCAUUCAAACAUUCGCCAACGAUUUCGCCAGUCAAACUGAUGUGGUCACUUCGAUCGAAUUGGUAAAUGAACCUUUGACAACUUCCGGUCCUUCGAACGCACUCUCAUUCACAAGAGAUUACUACAACAAUGCAUAUUACGCAGCCCGUUAUACAUCCAAAGGUCAAUUGACAAAUUUCGCCGUGACGAUGCACGACGGUUUCCAACCUUUGACGUAUUGGCAAGGGGCUUAUCAACCUCCGCAAUAUCAACAAGUGAUUUUGGAUACCCAUCAAUACUCUGUUUUCAAUCAAGACCAACUUCAAAUGUCCAACAAUGCUCGUUUGGGUUACUUCUGCAAUCUUGGCGGUCAAGUCGAGACCAGCAAUAAGAACUUGUACACCGUCGUUGGCGAAUGGACUACAGCUCCUACCGAUUGUGCAAAAUACUUGAACGGACGUGGAAUUGGCGCACGUUACGAUGGAACAUAUCCAGGUUCCAGUAAGAUUGGAAGUUGUAACGGAAAGACGGGUAAAGGCACAAAUUUCAGUUCAAGUUAUAAAAGUUUCUUGAAACAAAUGUUUGACACCCAAAGGAAAGCUUAUGAACGUGGAACAGGUUGGAUCAUGUGGACUUGGAAGACCGAAGAAGCAGCCGAUUGGGAUUACCAACGUGGUUUGCAAUACGGUUGGAUUACCAAAAAUUUGAACAGUUUCAGCUCGUCUUAUUGCUAG